ACAUUAUUCGAAACAAGCUCAGGGGCUUAACUAUCAGAUAGACAAUCACUGAUCGCAUGUUCUGUGACUUGUACUGGACAAACCUUGUGAUUAUGUCUACAGGACAAGAUGAAGGACUACAGUGCUGUAGUAAACCUUUUGCUUGCUGUCACAUGUGUUUUUCAUUUUUCAUGGGCAGGAAGUCACUCUCUGCAGUACCUCUACACUGUCAAUGGGCAAUUCAUUGCUGUUGGUCUGGUGGAUGGAGAGCAGUUUGUGUACUUUGACAGCAACGUCAGGAAGAUGAUCCCAAAGACAGAGUGGAUGAAAAAGAUUGAAAAUGAAGAUAAACGUUACUGGAACAGUGAGACAGAGUCUAUGAUGGAGCAGCUAGACAGGUUCAAGGUCAUUGUGAAUCGAGAAAAGAAGAGAAGAUUUAAUCCCACUGAAGGAGAUCAUACAGUACAGAGGAUGCAUGGCUGUGAGCUCGAUGCUGAUGGCACCACUGGAGGAUACAUACAGUACGGUUAUGAUGGAGAAGAUUUCAUCAGUCUGAAUCUGAGAACUGGAACCUGGACUGCAGCUAAUGAUAAAGCCGAGAGAUUUAUAAACCACUGGGAUCCUAAAGGUGCUGAGGCUAAAUACUGGAAAGACUUCCUGGAGACUGACUGUAUUGAUCGAUUAAAGAUGUUUAUGUCUUACGGCAGUCAGACUCUGAAGAGGAAAGUUCGUCCCGAGGUGUCAGUGUUCCAGAAACACUCUCCUUCCCCAGAGGUGGUGUGUCACGUUACAGGUUUCUUCCCCAAAGCACUAAACAUCACCUGGCAGAAGGACGGAGAGGACGUGCAUGAGGACGUGGAGCUCAGAGAGACGUUACCCAACCAGGAUGGAAGCUUCCAGAAGAGAAUCAUUCUGAAAGUCCCAGCUGAGGAGCUGCAGAAACACACCUACACCUGCGUGGUUCAGCACAGCAGCUUGGAGAAGGAGUUAGUGCGAGAAGUACCAAAAGGUAGAAGAUCAGAUGGAGGAUCAAAUAGAGCACUGAUUAUCACUGCUGUAGUCAUGGUUCUCACCAUUCUCAUCGCUCUUGUUGCUGGAAUUGUGAUCUGUAAGAAGAGGAAAUCUGGUUGGAGGACGACAGGAACAGGUAUAUUUUAUUUACAGAACAGAUCCCACUGUUCAGUUAAUGACAGUAAGUGAGCCUUUGAUACUAUAAUGAUAUUUAAAAUGAAUACAGUGUUCAGUUGUAAUCAGUAAAGUUCUUCACAGCUACAACAUAUGGAUUCCAGAGAGGCCAUGUAAGAGAUCAGAUCUUAAGCAGAAAAAAGUGAGCUGCUUAUUAAAAUAAGAAUGAUAAUAGUGUUAGUUUAUUGUCCAGUUAAUUCAUUAUCACUGAAUUUUCAAAUAAUUUCAGUGAUCAUUUUGAAACUACUCCUCCAUUUAUAAUCACCUGGUCGUCCAAGUGUAACAUUUUUGCUCUUCCUGAGAAGUCCUGUUCAUGUGUGUAUUUUACUAGUAAAUGUCAAACAGGUCAGAUUUUUUUUUACUUUGACUUCCUGUGUUAAUCCAAAUAGAAACUAAUAAUGAUUUGUCUGUCUUAUUUCCUCUGAAGGAGAUUCUCCAACGACAAGCUUAUAAAGUGUGACUGUGUGUCUUUCUGCUGAACUGAGAGAGUAAGACAUGAUGUAGUUUACAAUGUAAUAUGGAAUAAACACCUGUGUGUGGAGUUAAGCAGGUAAUCCAGCAGAAAAGCCUGCGUUAACAUUCAGUCUCAGCUCAGAGCUCAUCUUGUUUCUGUCUGUCUGUUUUUCUAGGAGACAUGAGGGAAAUGAGAUGAGGAUGGAGUUUAGGAUCGUGCAUGAGAGACUACGGAAUUAAAAGUGUUUUUUUAAUUAUGAAAAUGAUGACCAAAGAAACUGAAUGGUUGAACGUUUGUGAGACAGACUUUAGUAAACCUGCUGCACUGCUGUCUAUUCAGAAUCUACUGGCUACAGAUUAGUCUGACUACACCCCAUAAUAAUGUGUUUACUUUCCUAUUAUUCCCUGUUACCCUUUAUAGUGCCUCGCCCAGCAUUCCAAUCCAUUUCCAAUUCAUGGAAAAGAUUUUUUUUUGCUGCUAAUUGAAUUAAAGCUAUACUUAUUUCAGUGUUUUUAUGUUAAUGCAUGUUCUUGUAUUUUAUCUGGACAUGCAUUGUCAUCCUGUUCUGAGCUGUUACCAAAGGAAAGCUGCCUAAACGCAAAGUAUUAACCUUACCUAUUUUCAUAAUAAUGAUAAUGGAUUUUAAGUGCUAAAGUUGGUACUCCUAGUUUGAUAUUAAAGUACAUGCAAAACUUAAUUCAUGCUCUUUUAGGGAAAAAAGCUUUAUGCUUUUAUACUUAAAAUUAAGGUCAAUAUUAGGGUUCUUCAAGUCCAGUCCUGGAGGACCAGGGUCGAGCACAAUUUAUAAUUCAUUAACGUGUAAAAACACCCACCAAAUAUGGCAAUCAUAACAGAUUAGUUGAAUCAGCUGUGUUUGAGCAGAAAAAUCACCGAACUGUGUCGAACACUGACCCUCCAGGACUGGACUUGAAGCCCCUGGUCUAUUUCAUAUUCAAUGUCCUAAGGCCGUAUUUUGUCACUUAACACAGGUUUUGUAAACUGAUCAGGGAGAGAGUGUCUAUCACCACAGAAAGUCAUACUUUUCAGGGUUUUUUUGUUUGUUUGUUAGAUUUUGUGUAACGUUUGUUGUUUUGUUUUCUGCCUAUAGUAUUGUACUUUACAUUAGAUAGUAUUUUCCCCCAGUGUGGGGGUGAAUGUUAUAGUAAACACCAUACAGGUCACCACAUUCUUAGCUAAAAUGACUUAAGAAAAGUCUGUGUGACUGUUAUUUGAUCCUUUACUCCUGAGGUGUGAAACCUCCCAACAGACUGAACAGACUUCACUGAUGUCACAUGUUAAACAUAAUGUAUGCAGAAGAAAACAUCUUAUUAACAAUAACAAAAUGUAUAGUGAACAAUAAAAGAAACUCUGUUGUACAUCUUUUAGAAUAUUUUCUGAUUCCUGGAAAACUCUUCUUGCUAUUUCUCUUCAAGGGUUUAUUUGAGAUCCACACAGACUGACCCCCGAAUAACGUAUCUACAGACUGCAAAUGUUUAAAAUGGUAAAUAAGACAAUUAAGAAUCUCAA